GCCUCCCCCGGCUCGGGGCCCGGGGAGCCGCGGCCAUGUCGCUGCCGCCGCUCGCCCUGCUCCUGCUGGGGGCCGGCGGGCUGCGGGCGGCCGAGCCGGGCGGUGGCGGCGGCAGCAGCAGCGGUAGCAGCAGCGCCAUGGAGGAGCUCGCCACCGAGCAGGAGGCGGAGGAGAGCCACCGGCAGGACAGCGUGAGCCUGCUCACCUUCAUCCUGCUCCUCACCCUCACCAUCCUCACCAUCUGGCUCUUCAAGCACCGCCGCGUCCGCUUCCUGCACGAGACCGGCCUGGCCAUGAUCUACGGACUCAUCGUUGGGGUGAUCCUGCGGUACGGGACUCCCUCUACCAGUGGCCACGAUAAACCAUUCAGCUGCUCGCAGGAGGACAGGCCGUUUACAACCCUGCUGGUCAACGUCAGCGGGAAGUUCUUCGAAUAUACGCUCAAAGGGGAGAUAAGCCCUGGGAAGAUCCACAACGUGGAGCAAAAUGACAUGUUGCGAAAGGUAACAUUUGACCCAGAAGUCUUUUUCAACAUUCUGUUGCCUCCUAUUAUCUUUCAUGCUGGUUAUAGCCUGAAGAAAAGACACUUUUUCAGGAAUUUGGGGUCAAUUUUGGCCUACGCCUUCUUAGGAACAGCAGUCUCUUGUUUUAUCAUUGGGAAUCUCAUGUAUGGGGUUGUGAAACUGAUGAAGUUGGUGGGACAGCUCUCUGGUAAAUUCUAUUAUACAGACUGCCUCCUCUUUGGAGCAAUAAUAUCUGCCACUGAUCCAGUUACCGUGCUAGCAAUAUUUAAUGAGCUGCAUGCUGAUGUUGAUCUCUAUGCCCUUCUGUUUGGGGAGAGCGUGUUGAAUGACGCUGUUGCCAUUGUAUUAUCUUCAUCGAUAGUUGCCUACCAGCCAACAGGUGAAAAUACCCAUGCUUUUGAUGCCGCAGCAUUUUUCAAGUCAGUUGGUGUUUUCCUGGGGAUUUUCAGUGGUUCUUUCAUGAUGGGAGCAGUGACAGGAGUAGUGACAGCUCUGGUGACGAAGUUUACCAAGUUGCACUGCUUCCCCCUGCUGGAAACGGCUCUCUUCUUCUUGAUGUCCUGGAGCACCUUCCUGCUAGCAGAAGCCUGUGGAUUUACUGGUGUGGUGGCUGUCCUGUUCUGUGGAAUUACCCAGGCACAUUAUACAUACAAUAACUUGUCAGUCGAAUCAAGAAGUCGCACUAAGCAGCUAUUUGAGGUAUUGCACUUCCUGGCUGAGAACUUCAUAUUUUCUUAUAUGGGUUUGGCACUGUUUACUUUCCAGAAACACAUAUUCAGUCCAGUUUUCAUCAUUGGAGCUUUUGUUGCGAUCUUUUUGGGCAGAGCUGCGCACAUCUACCCUCUGUCUUUCUUGCUGAAUCUGGGCAGAAGGCAUAAGAUCAGCUGGAACUUUCAGCACAUGAUGAUGUUCUCAGGUCUUAGGGGAGCCAUGGCCUUUGCUCUGGCCAUACGAGAUACUGCUACCUACUCGCACCAAAUGAUGUUCUCAACAACCCUCCUCAUAGUCUUUUUCACUGUGUGGAUUGUCGGUGGAGGUACAACUCCCAUGCUGUCAUGGCUGAACAUCAGAGUUGGUGACCGUGUUCCAUCGGUGGAAGAGAUGAGUGAAAGCCGCUGGCUGUAUUUCAGGGUUGGGGUUGACCCAGAUCAGGAUCCUCCACCUACUAAUGACAGCUUUCAAGUCUUACAAGGAGAUGGCCCAGAUUCUGAAAGAAGAAACAGAACGAAGCAGGAAAGUGCUUGGCUCUUCAGGCUGUGGUAUAGCUUUGACCAUAAUUAUUUAAAGCCAAUUCUCACUCACAGCGGCCCUCCAUUAACCACAACUCUACCCAGCUGGUGUGGCCUCAUAGCCCGCUGCCUGACGAGUCCACAGGUUUAUGAUAAUCAAGAACAGCUUAGAGAAGAGGAUUCUGAUUUUAUUCUUAAUGACGGUGACCUCACUGUGACAUACGGUGACACAACAAUAACUGCCAACGGUUCUUCAGGCCCCCAUACAGCUACCACUAGCCUUGAUGGCAGGAGAACAAAGAGUAGUUCAGAGGAGGCACUGGAACGUGACUUGGGAGCAGCAGACCAUGAAGUUACAAGCAGGGGUACCCGGCUAGUUUUUCCUCUGGAAGACAAUGCGUGAUUACUGACUCGGUAACAACAGCUCUUGCUCUGUGGAUGGAUCAAGGAAGACUGCAGGCCACUGUGUCACUUGAGGUGGGAUGCUUAUUUAAACAAGUUCAUGUGUUUGAGUGGUUUUACUAAGGUCUGAAGAUGUCCCCUAUUUUUUACUCAAGAUGCUGACAGUGGGGUUUUCUAAAUGUCUGAAAGCAGACAAAUGAAAACUGGUCACACUCUGCUUUUAAACCACACAUUGAAUCUAAGUGUAACUAAGAUGCUGCAGUUGUCUUGUUCAGCUGCAGCAGCUCUCUCUGAGAAGAAGUAUGUGGCAAAAUUGUCAUAGAACUGAGCUUGUCUUGGCUUAGCUUGUGAAUGUGGAAGAAGAAAUAUAAACAAGAUUAUUAGGAGACAAAAAGGAAUGUGUGUGUAUCUGAAUGUGGAGAGCUCCCUUGUUAACUUCUCUAGCGAGGCUGAGGAAUCCGGAGGUAAAAUGGGACAGUGAACCUUAGGAGCACAGAUGCGUGAAUGCAGCACUGUGGCAAGUCUGUUACUACGAGCUGUACUUAAUGUGUUUCAGGGAAAAAAAGGGAAAAUAAGAUUUCUUCACUGGACAUGUAUUUAAAUAGGAAGACAAUGAGCUGUUUGUCCCCUUAGCUUUGAGAAACCUGACGACUACUAUUAGCCUAACUUCUAGUGCCUCAAAAGGGUAACAUCCAACUUCUUGUGGUCCAAGACAUGCCUGACCUCUUGAGCAGAAGUCAUGAGGAAAAACCUUCUCUCCCUUAAGGCUAUUAAAAUCAGAUGAAGAUAGGUGGAAAUAUGUCUUGGGCUGGGGAAAACAGCUGAUAAGAGGAGGAAAAAGAAGGGAAAAGAAAAAAAAAAAAAAGGCAGUAUUGAAGUUGCAUGGAACCAUGCAGUUUCAUAUUUCUCAGAAGAAUCCAUAGACUCUGCUUACAGUUCCUGUGUGACAAACAGCAAACAUUCAAUUUUAAGGACAGACAAACAUUACGGGCUUUACCAUUUGUGUCUAUCCUAAAAGAAAGGUGUUUACUGCUCUUCUUUUUUGCAGAGUAGAUGUGAAACUUCAGUGGGGCAUUGCACAACAAUAUAUAAACUACAGAAGUGACAAACUGUAGUAUCAUCUUCAAUGUGAAAAGGGAAAAAUCUUUGCCUAGUAUUUAGCCCAUUUACAAGUAGGCUAGCUUUAAUGUAUUGCUUAAUGCUUUUUACUUUCAAAGUGAGGCGAUAUCACUGUCUUUGCCGGUAGCUGAAAACAGUUAUGCUUUGAAGAGCAGUUCAGCUGUUUAAAGCAUGCUAAAAUGUCAUUUCCCAUGUCUCGAAAGGUUUAUUUUUCAAACCACUAAUGUGAUGUAAUAUCAGUUUGUCUAAAAAUUGUGGUUUUAUCUUGCUGCCAUUUCAGUUGUUUGUCAUAAAAAUGUGUGUGAGUAAAUACCCGCUCUGUUUUUCCUCAACUAUUAAACUUAAUGAUGGGCUAACAAUGACAACUUACUGCUACAGAGAAA